AUUGAAAGUCCGAAACAAACUGCCUCAUUUUUUCUUUUUCUUUUUUUGGUUAUGAAGUCAUCUUCAGCAGAAAAUUUAAUAAUUCAAAUAAGAGGAGUGGAGUGAUACCUUCUAUCUCUCCUCAUGCUUCCAUUUCACUGCUAUGUUAAAAUUGUUAAUAAGGCAUUUUCCCAUCACCUACCACUGAUAACUCUCUCUCUUCUCUCUCUCGCAUGUAGUACCAUUUAUUUAUGAUAUUCCCACUCAUAUUUAUACUCCUUACCUGAAACCACUACAAUUAUCUAUUCAUUUGCUUGCAAAUUAAUUAUGGGCACAAUUUAGCAUUCUAUGUACCUCUCUACUUUAUUGUAAAUACACCCCUUUGGUUGUCGUCAAUUGUCAUCUGGGCUGGGCUCUUCUGAGAGUAGAGGUCUUCAAAACCACUCACAUUUUGUAAUGCAGUAUAGUAUUGGAAUGAGAUUCAUCAAUAUUUCCCAUUUCGAGCUGUGUUUUGAGUAAAGAUUUGAUUUUUGGCUCUUCUUGAAAUGUGGGCGAUUUCUAAAAGCUGCUGUUUCAAGGUUUUUUGGGAGGAGAUCUGCUAUUACUCGUUUGCAGUUGUGGAAGCUGAAUUGGGAUGAAGUUAUCAAGAUCUGGCCUUUGAGUAUACUUUUGUGUUAUUUCUAUUCAGAGAAAGGUUGUUUCUUCAUCCUCAAUGAUGGCUUCUGAUCUCAAUGCCGAACUCUUGAAAAAUGCCGGCGUUUUGCAUCUCAAGGUCUGGGAAGUUAUUGGAAUAAUAGUCGGGUUAUUGAUUGUGAUCAUCCUCUUUCUGUUGACAUUUUAUUUAACUUCACAAAAGAAAUUGAGAAGGGAUCAAGAAAAGUUUCCCAUAAGCCAAAUACCUAUUGUUUCUAAGGAAAUAAAAGAAGUCCGAGUCUCCACUGAGGAAUUUGCUCCACAAGACAGGGUCCUUCUCACUGUUCAUGACCAGUCAAAUGAUAGACAAUCAGAUAGAGUUCCGGUCCAUCUGGGGAUGCCUAAAGUGAAAAAUGGAGAUGACAGUAGCCAGUUGGGUUCGUUCCACCACGCUGAUAAAGAUUAUUGUGGAUCACAAUCAGGAGAAGAAUGGAGUUCAGGAACAUUUGGUGGAUCUAAACCUUCUUCAUCAUAUCCAAUUACUGCUCCUUCUCCUUUAAGUGGUCUGCCCGAAUUUUCUCAUCUGGGUUGGGGUCAUUGGUUUACUUUGCGAGACCUUGAGCUGGCGACAAACAGGUUUUCGAAGGAGAAUGUUAUUGGAGAGGGUGGAUAUGGAAUUGUUUACCAAGGACAGCUUAUCAAUGGAACUCCUGUUGCUGUUAAGAAGCUCCUCAACAACUUAGGUCAAGCUGAAAAAGAAUUUAGAGUGGAAGUAGAGGCUAUUGGCCAUGUGCGGCACAAGAAUUUGGUUCGACUUCUGGGAUACUGUAUUGAAGGAACUCAUAGACUGCUGGUGUAUGAGUACGUCAACAAUGGCAAUUUAGAACAGUGGCUUCAUGGUGCAAUGUGUCAGCAUGGAUAUCUUACUUGGGAGGCUAGAAUGAAGGUUCUUCUUGGCACAGCGAAAGCACUUGCCUAUCUGCAUGAGGCAAUUGAACCGAAGGUGGUUCAUAGAGAUAUAAAAUCAAGCAACAUACUGAUUGAUGAAGACUUCAAUUCUAAGGUCUCUGAUUUUGGUUUGGCUAAGCUACUAGGUGCUGGGAAAAGUCACAUUACGACUCGAGUCAUGGGCACCUUUGGAUAUGUGGCUCCUGAAUAUGCAAAUACUGGCCUUUUAAAUGAAAAGAGUGAUGUUUAUAGCUUUGGGGUAUUGCUGUUGGAAGCAAUUACAGGACGGGAUCCAGUGGACUAUGGUCGUCCUGCUGCAGAGGUUAAUCUGGUUGACUGGCUGAAAAUUAUGGUCGGAAGUAGGCGGUCGGAGGAAGUGGUGGAUCCAAAUAUUGACAGGAGGCCAUCGACUAGAGCCCUCAAAAGGGCUCUUUUGACUGCUUUGAGAUGUGUUGAUCCAGAUUCAGACAAGAGACCAAGGAUGAGCCAAGUUGUCCGGAUGCUCGAAUCGGAAGAAUAUCCCAUACCAAGAGGGGACCGAAGGCAUAGAAGGACCCGGGCAAGUAGCUUUGAGAUCGAUUCCCAGAGGGAGAACUGCGACACAGAUAAAAGCGACAAUCGAGACCUAAGAUAAGACAGCAAGAGUUAUGGAUCAUAAGCCGAGAUAAUUGCAUUAACGGCUGUGGAUCUUACGAACCACGACGCGAAUCUCACUAAAAGUUUCAGUCUGCUGAUAUGUUAUUUCCUGAAGAUGUUGAAGCAUAGGUAGGAGAAGUAUGGUAGACAUUUUUUUUUUAUAUAUAUAUAUAAUUUUUCCCUUCUAAUUUUAGGAUUUUGCUUCUUGUAAUUUUCAUUCUUGCUGUUGUAUGAUAAUAUAGGUAGGCCUUGUUUUGUGGUGGGAAGUGAUGGUGAUUGAGAACUAGAAAAUUAAUUGGGCUUGUAUGGAUAUUGGGUGCUCCAUAAGAUUGUUCAAUAUUCUUUGACGAA